GUGUUGUUCUUGUAGUGUCCAUCAUUUGGAGACUAGCCUGUCCGUAUAGCACUGCUGCACUUGGAACCAACCAAACGUAUGCUUGCAUUGGGUGGGCUGCGAGCUCAUGCAGCUGCCAUAUUGCAUGACGAUAACAACGAUAAUCUCGCGGAGUUCUCCUAGGCGCCACUGAACCGGGUUUGCCGCGUCAGCAUUUUUUGCCUACGCCGCGAAAGCGCUGUUUCGGCCGCGCACAUGACUACGGUCAUAAAAUGCACCGCUAAUGCACGUUCACAAUCUGGGGCAAGCAAGAAUAGCUGUUUGGCGCCCCCAUCGUGCAGCUCGAUGCGUCGCUGCGUCGCUGGGCCAGGUUUUGGCCUUUGGAGGUGGCAGUCUGGCAUCGGGAGGCAUUUUGAGCCAGCAGCCGGGUCCGUUCCAUAUGCGUUAGCUACCAACGCCCUCCAAGGCGCGCCGCUUGGUGCUGUGCUGCGUCCUGCGUGCACCCCCACAAGCAGCCAGUCGCCAUGCCCAGCUUCGCCCGCAUCCCAGCCUGGCAGUCGCAGUCACAGCUUUGUUGCGCUGCUAGGCGCAGGAGCGCUGCAGCGACGCAGGCCCGCCACGCUGGCGCCGGCCUGCAACGCCACCACCGCUGCCGCGGCCACUACCUGCCGACCUGCCGGGCCCGGCUCGGAUGCGGCCCCUGCAUGCGACCUCGGACCCCAGCACCGAAACGGCGGUGGCUCGCCAUCGCGUGCUGACAAACAGCUUCAGACGCAACAUUUGAACUCGAGUGCAGCCGACAGUAGCGGCAGUAGCAGCUGGAGCGGGCAAAUGCAGACUAGCUAUGAAAGGAACGAUGGCAACGGCGGCGGCACGGGACGGCAGGCGCAAGGCGGGGCCACUCCGGGACAGGCAGCGGCGUCGGUGCAGCUGCCACCGCCGCACAGUGGCUUGGAGGGCAGGGCUUGGGGCCGCGGUGCGCCGCCACUGCGACCAGGCAGGCUGCAAGUGUGGUGGACCCCCUUGGACCUGGCGACGACGUGCAGCCCGGCAAGUGCCGCGCGCAACCGCGGCUGCAUCACGCCGGCCGAGGCGGCGGAGGUGGCGGGCAGCAAGUCGCCGGAGGUGGCGGCCAAGCGCACGGCCGCCCGCGCGCUCGCGCGGACCGUGCUGGCGCGCGCCGUGGGUGGUGCGCUGGCGGAGGAGGGCAGCAGCAGCAGCAGCAGCAGCAGCAGCAGCAGCAGCAGCAGCAGCAGCAGCAGCAGCAGCGGCGGCAGCAGCGGCAUUAGCAGCACCCGUGGCAGCGCCGGUGCAUGCGUUGGUGCCAGCGGCGCUCACAGUGCCAGCAACGGCAAUGGCGAUUUCUGCAUGGGCAAUGGCAACGGUAACGGCGAUGCGGCGGCCGUUACGCCCCAGGACUUGCGCUUCGCGCGCAACGGGCACGGCAAGCCGCACCUGGUGCCGGGCGGUAACGGCUGGCCCGUGCUGCGGCACAACCUGACACACACGCACGACCUGGCAGGCGUGGCAGUGCUGCGGGAACCGGGGCACUGCUCGGCGGCUGCCGAUGCCCAGGGCAGCGGCACCAGCAGCACGGUGGGCUCUGGCGGAGGCAGAGGCAGAGGCGGAGGCGACGGCGGACGGGUGGUGAUGAGUGUGGGGCUGGAUGUGGAGAGGCUGGACAGGGCGCCGCGGGACCCUAUGGCGCUGGCCCGGCGGCGGCUGGCGCCGGCGGAGGUUCGAGACCUGGAGGCCAUCACCGACUUGAAGCAGCGUGCGCGGCACUUCAUGUGGCUGUGGACGCUCAAGGAGGCGUACGUGAAGGCUCGCGGCACCGGCAUCAACGCGCCACCGGGGCUCAAGGGCUUUGCCAUUGGCUUCCGUGAGAUGCUCGACGACCAGCGGCUUGCAGUGCAGGCGGUGUGCGGCGCCUCGCAGUGCGCGUCGCCGCGUCUGACAGCCAUCACCAUCACCCAUUGCGCUGCCGCCGCUGCUACCAGCACCGCCGCCACACCGCCGCCCGCCACCGCCUCUGCUUCGACCCCGUCUGCAAUCGCUAGUCGCGUGGCAGGGACGGGCCACGCCGCUGCUUCCGGCAACGGCACCUGCGCCACCGUCGCUGCAGCUGCGGCCGCAGCCGCGUGCGGUAGCCGCCCAGGCGCCGCAGCGGCACUGCCGUCCUCGCACGCUGCGCCUGCGCCGCCGCAGCCGCUGCCAGACGCGGACGUGGGCACGGACGCGCAGUUCCAUUUCCUGCUGUUCCAGCCAACGCCGGCGCAUGUGGGCGCGCUCUGCAUCGCCACACAACAACUGUCGCCGGCGGCCGCCGCCGCAGCUCGUGGUGACAACAGCGACAACGUCGAGGGCGCAGGCAUCGGCAGCGUUGGCAGUAGUAGUAGGGGCAGUGGCAGUAGGGGCACUAGCGGCGGGGGUGCCGGCACGUGUUGGGCGGCACUGGUGGACCACUGGUGGUGUGUGCCGCUGGAGGGAGAGGCGCAGCUGUCGUCGCAGCAGCUGACGCUGCUGGGUUGCACCGUGAACCCAGUGGACAUGGCGACACCUGCGGCGACAUCGCCGGCGCUGGCCCAGCAAUGCUGAUGUGGCUGGUCGUGUUACGCUGUGAAGCUGGGGAGCUUUAGGGCGGCUAGUCCUGGUUUGCUAACCAAUAUCAACGUGGUGCGGGGGCAAAGACCAGUGGACUGACGUGCAAAAGGGAAUGGAUGGACAACAUGGACAUAUGUGAUGCAUCUUCAACGUGUGAUCAGCGACAUCUUUAGAGGCGCGCGCUCCACCGGCGUGUGCCCGCUGGAGGCGGCUUCACGGACGCGUGCCGGGGCGCUGGCGUGUGUAGAAUG